GGACCCAGCAUUUAGAAACUUACAAACAGUACUUGCUUGAUAUGAUGGAAGAAGAUGAACUUUCCAGGCAUACUGAGAAAUCCACUUAUAAAGAAAAGAUGAAGGAGCUGUCCAUGCUUUCUUUGAUCUGCUCCUGUUUUUACCCAGAAUCUCGCAACAUUAAUAUAUACACAUAUGAUGAUAUGGAAGUCAAACAUAUCAACAAACGUGCCUCUGGCCAAGCUUUUGAACUCAUCUUAAAGCCGCCAUCUCCUGUCUCUGAAGCACCACGAACUAUAGCCUCUCCAAAGAAGAAAGAUUUGUCCCUUGAAGAGAUCCAGAAAAAGCUGGAAGCUGCAGAAGAAAGGAGAAGGUCCCAGGAGGCCCAGGUGCUGAAACAACUGGCAGAAAAGAGAGAACAUGAGCGAGAAGUCCUUCAGAAGGCUGUGGAGGAGAACAAUAACUUCAGCAAAAUGGCAGAGGAAAAACUGAUACUGAAAAUGGAACAGAUCAAAGAAAACCGUGAAGCUAACUUAGCUGCUCUUAUUGAACGUCUUCAGGAGAAGGAAAGGCAUGCUGCAGAGGUCCGCAGAAACAAGGAGCUCCAGGUGGAACUGUCUGGCUGAGCCCAACAGUAGAGGGAGUCGGAUAACUCCCUUGCCUAUAUUAUUACAGAUCAUGAAAUAUUAGUAUAGGAAAUGUAUGACACGGUUUAAAAAAAAUGAAUCAAGAACUCAAUAAAAACAAAACAAAAAAAUUAAAACAAUGCAGUCUUUGCAGAAUGAUUUGCUUGAUGUUUAAAAUUAAAACUUGGAUCUUAUUUUGUAAAUACUUACAUUUUUGUUAAAAAAUACAAGUAUUGCAUUAUGCAAGUUAUUUCAUAAUCUUUACACGUCCUGUAACAGGCUUUUGAUGUUGUCUGUUUUCAUUCAGUUAAAUUUGUUAGAACUUUGCUAUGAAGUUCUUUGCAGCAAAAUCCAUGCCAAACUAUACUUGUUCUAACUGAAAACCAAGUCAGCAGAAGGUCUAUGGUGCUACUGUCGCGUCAUUACUUAGUAACAUGGAAAGCUUUGCACUCAAUAAGCUUAAGUCAAUAAGCCAAUUACAGGUAGGCAUUCUUAUUUGAUUAAAUGGUCUAGAAAAAUGAAGUCAUAGAACAUUAAGAAAUCAUAAUUUAUUUACAACCCCAGUGUUCUGCUAUAGAAAAACCAGAACUGUGCUAUACAGAAACAAGCUUCAUGGGGUUCAGUGAAAUUUAACCCCCGUAAACAUCUAAGGGAAAAAGCCUUUAGAACACAUUAGGAUUAAUGUGGUAUAAAACAGUAUUCAGUAAAGCUGCAUGUCUUAAGUUUAGAAGAAAGAAAGAAUUUUCCCAACAAAAAGGGAAAUAGAUAAUAGAUGCUUUUUAAAAGGUGUUGUAUGCAGUAGGGAGUGAACAACCAUAUUUGACCAAAUUACAAAAUUUCCCAGUUUCAGUUUCAUUGCCAGAAAAAUUCAUGGAAUUUAUAGGAAUAAAAACUGCAGUCAGUUUCAUUUUCUUAGCCUCUAGUCUAGUCCAAUGUUUUUCAACCCUGGCAACUUUACAAUGUGUGGACAUCAACUCCCAAAAUUCCUUAGCUUAGCUGGCAAUGCCAUCUGGAGAAUUCUGGGAAUUGGUUCACACACCUUAAAGUUGCCAAGAUUGUGAAACACUGCUCUAGCGUUUCAAAAUCUGGUGCGCCCCUCUUGUGAUGGCACUACAAUUCCUAGACUGCAGUUCCUGAAGUUCCAUAACCCCACAGUAUCUGAAGGAUACGAGUUUGGGAAAUAGGCAUAUUGUCUUGUCUCCAGUUGCUAAAAUCUGUGAAGAGACCAAGAGCAUCUUUGCAGAUAGAAUUCCAGCCUUAAGCUUUGUGAUUUCAUAACACUGCAAGAUGUUCCGUGUGCUAUUUUUCAUCCCAAAUCAGUGAGCUGGUGUUAAUCCUACUAACUUCUGCUCUACAGUGUUAGUCUGUCCUGCCUACUUUUAAAACACUAUCGAAAUGAUGAGGGCUGAAGCGGUCAGGAUGACUAGCCAAGGUGCUUGUGUCAAAUAAUAUCACCAAUCUCAACACACAUAUUGUCUGAAACAGCUGCCAACUUGAAGGUAUCCCAAAUUCUCCUGGAAAUUGCUGCCUGCGUAUUCUACUCUUCAUUAAUGCUAUUUUCCUGUAUGUCAUUGUGAGCAAGCUGUGAUUAAUAAA